AUGGCCGUCAGGUCGCCGUUGCCGAUCCUAUCGUAUCACGAUGCUUCCAGCCCGUAUGCUGGGUCGGAUUCGCUGUCCUUUGAAAGUCCUUCAGCCAGUGUGAGGACAUCAAUGUCUUUAGUUCAAGAUGCGGACUCGACCGAUGCAACGGAUUCCAUACCGGCCCCCACGUCAGAUGAAAAGGAGGUAGAUAAGGGUACACACGGCGAGGGGUCUAUCGCAGCGACACCAGUUCAAGCAUCAGGGCCAUCUGUACAGCCAGGACUUACGAUUCAAACUACACACCCGCUUAAUAUCGGCUAUAGUACAAGAUCAGACGAUGAUGAGCCACCACAGUCCGUCAUACAUGCUCCACCAGGGUUCAGGAAAUUUCAUGCCGAGUUGGCCAUCCCCGGAAAGGCCAGAAGGCUCCUUUCAUUGGCACUAUUGAAUACACUGACACGAUAUGAUUCACAGAUUGGAAAUAGUCCCAUAUCACCACCACCUUUGACAACCACGGUCGCACCCCCAAAGGACUGGUCGGAAAGAGCAACUCCACGAGCCCAGACAAGACAUGAGUUCGAGGAAUCAGAGCGACGCACACGUUCUAGCAGUUUAGAAGCGAACUCCUCUCCAUCCCAACCGUGCACCGACACUGACAAAAUAUUAGGAAAUUUCUCGAGCAAAGAUACAGAGAUCAAUGCUCUGCGAGCAGCUCUGGCAGAAUGUUGGACACUAUGUAAUACGCUGGCUAGUCUUAGUUAUAUCAAUCGAGAACGGCUCCUGACAAGCCACGAAGAAGGGUUGCAAGAGGAUGCCUGGAGAUGCUGCUGGCGACUUUGUCAGAAGCUAUACGAUACGCGAGAGGAUGAUUUUGGCUUGCAGGUCAAUCCGACACUCGAUCUCUGUCGAGAGUUUUGCCAGGCCCUAUUUGAGGUCCGGGUCUGCGACAGUGACCUGACGGACUCAGUGCUCCGCGUGAGCUUUGAGCUAAAUAACCACCUUUAUAACACACAUGACCGGAAUUUACCAGACGCCUUCCGGGAGCGGACGUUGGACUUUUAUAUUACUUUGUGUCACCGGCUCAUGAAGCAGCGCACACGCCUGACCGCCACGGACUCGCUUCUCAGCGCAUGCUGGACAUUGGCUGAAAUGCUUUUCAGCAUCCGACAGAGUAAGCGAGAAGGAAAAAAGUUGGAUGAGGAACUAUUGGGAUCGGCCAUGCAGGCCUGUUGGGAGCUGUCUGAUAUCUUCCGCGAAGGCUGGUCCCUACAUAGUAUGCGGAACUCAGAUCGGGGCACUCCACGACCCAGCCAGACGACAUUUGCCCAAGCCUUCCAACAGGCGGCUCAGCAGUCCGAACUUGAUUUUGUCGAUGACUCGGGGCAGCUUGGGAAUCCGGAGACCCCAACUACCAUCUUUGAGGAUACGGCAACAGUGUCUCCCGAUGAAGCCUCCAUACCCAAUAUCCUCGUCCUCGGCCACGGCAAUGUGCAUGGUCAUGGUUCCCACGCCAAGUGGCCCUCCGGUGCAUCCAGCAUCUCGGAGAAUUCUCGGUCCUCCGGACACACCGCAUCAUCUGCCAAUACGGUGACCACAGUCUCCGAGGACCCAAACUUCACCCGACUCAAGGUGUUGGUGACCAAGGCGGCCAUCAACAGUGGGUACCAACGGGGUAAUUCUCAGAGCCUGUCGUCCUUUGUGAAGUCUCUCCCCUCAGAUGCAUUUGGCUCGAUGCCCUGGCAGAUAUCGCUCUUGAAGUACUAUCGAAAGCUAGUCGCGUUUGAUCCUGCCUUCCGCAGCGUUGGCUCCCAGGCGCGCGUGAGUGCCAUUGAAGUUGCCCGGGCUUGCCAAGCAAUGCUUCAGAGCGGACAGUAUUCCUGGCUGCGUGAUCUCUACCGUCUCGUCUUUGGAUUCCACAUGGAAGAAGCGAUGAGUAGAAAGGGGAUUACUAUUCAGACUUGA